UUCUUUCAGUUCACACUUUUAGGUGUAAACUAAGGUGGUGAAACGCGUAUCAGUCACUCAGUAUCAGGUGUUUUCUCGACACUUUCUUGAAUUUUACGGUUUAAACAUGGCUGCAGGUGGAUUUCAGUGCAUCAAAUAUUUGCUAUUUGUCUUCAACUUCAUCUUUUGGUUGGCUGGUACAGGAGUUUUGGCCGUUGGUCUCUGGCUGCGUUUCGAUGAGAAAACUAAAGGACUCUUUUCUUCCAACGAUUCCCCGACUGUGUUUUUGACAGGGGUGUAUAUCCUCAUCGUGGCGGGUGCCAUUAUGAUGGUGGUCGGGUUCCUCGGAUGCUGUGGAGCAAUAAAAGAAUCCUCAUUCAUGCUAGGACUGUUCUUCGCUUUCCUGCUCAUCAUUUUUGCGGCAGAGGUCGCUGCUGGAAUCUGGGGAUUGUCCAAUCAAGACAAGAUUGUGUCAGAUGUCCAAACGUUCUACACGGAGACUUUCAGCAACUACAAAGCAACAAAACAGGAUGCUUUGAAGGAAACGCUGCGAUUGAUUCAUUUUGGACUGCAGUGCUGUGGACCGACAGGAACGGCAGUUGAUUUCUCUGCUGACAUCUGCCCGAAAAAGGAGGGAUUAGAAGUCCUUGUCACUACGAGCUGCCCAAGUGCCAUCAAAGAAGUGUUCACCUCUAAGCUUCACAUCAUUGGAGGUGUUGGAAUUGGUAUUGGAGUGAUCAUGAUCUUCGGUAUGAUCUUCAGCAUGCUCUUGUGCUGUGCCAUCCGACGAACCCGAGACAUCGUAUAAGCCGUUGUUGCCCAGCAGUCAGUUUCCUGCUAUGUAUUUAUCUGAUUGUGUGCUCGUGUGUGUGCGUGUGUGUGUGUUUGAAAAAUAACUCCCACUUUGUUCUAAACUCAGAAUUUUCCAAGCACAUUAAAACUGUUACAGGCCUCAUGAAUGGCCUCGUCGAUUCAAUUUUAAUUUCUUUUGGUGUUUAGAUUAACCGGCAUAUAUGCCUAUUUGAAUGAUCUUACAAACUUCUUACGUUUUCUCUUGUGUAACAUUUUACAAAAUAGCUUAUUUUAUGAAUGAGUUUAUAAUUUUCUCUGUCUGGAGAGCGUAACCAUUUGAAAUGAUAAAUAAAGUAGUCGAUAACAAAUCUA